AUGUUACGAUUUUCGGAUACAGAAAAGGACGACGACAAAGCUCUCUCCGAAGAACAGCGAUUCUACUAUUUGCGGCUGAUGGCAAAGCCAUCAAGCGGCAAGCAUGAGCCAAUAAAAACAAAAUUUGUUCGCUGGUCACUACCAUAUCCCCAACAAGAAAGUCUUGAAACUGAUCAUGAUCUCGAGAGUCAGGCAAUGCGUGUCGUACGAACAAUCGGACAAGCAUUUGAGGUAUGCCAUAAAGUAGCACAGGAGCAGAUGCAAGAGAAGUACCAAGAGGAUUCAGAAAGUAGUUGUAAUAGAUCUGGCUCCAAAAAACAGAAAGAUUGGAUCGACCAUCAUCCACCACAUUCUCUCAGAAAGUUGGAUUCGUUUCCCAUCGGGAAUGCCAAGGAUGGUGAUACUGAUGCAAAAGAUACUAAAUUACAUCAAAUGAUUUUACGAACAGGACGCGAACUUUCUUUUGCAUCAGUAAUGAAAAAGGAUAACCUGGCAAAUUCACUCACAAGCACUGAAGGUGAUCAUGUUGAAGUGGAAGAAAAGCUAGCAAAAGUAAGCGAAGCUUCACAUAGUCCAUCAUCAACGGAUGAUCCACAACCGGUUCCUACACCUGCUUACCUGCAAAAGCAUCAUCAUUCCAUAUUUGUGCAACAAAAAUCUAGCGAUACGGUUCUAAAUCCAUCAGCUGCGUUGGAAGUGGCAGCCUUGGCUACUACCACUGCAGCCAAAGAUUAUGCGCAAGCAAGCGCUUCAAAUGAGCCACAAAAAUUCUCACCUAGUCAAAUGAAUCCAGUACAACAGCCUGCUUCAACUUCCGGAAAUCCAGCAAACACUAGCAGUGAUCCAUUGCCUUUCGUAUCUGGCUCCUCAACUUUACCGCAUUCAAUAACAUGGGCACCACAGAUGACCUCUGGUCAGUUCCAGUCAAUGCAGACACUCGAUCAACGUGGUUUGCCGACUAUGCAUUAUUAUCCUAUGCCAGUGCUGGGUCCAUCAGCAUCGAUGCCAUAUGGACUCAGUUCACCGUAUUUAUUAUCACCUUAUGCAACUCUGCCGUUACCGGGGAAUACCUCCGAACAGCAAGCCUCUUCUACUAUCAAUCCGAACAUUCCUGGAAGUCCUCAUGAAGGACAAGAUCUCACCACCUAUCAACUCAAUUUAUCAUUAGAUCAGUAUAAUCAACAUUUGAUACGUUCGCAAUUAGAUCAAGCUCAACAAACCGUCCAAGUGGCAAGCUACCAGGUGCAGUUAUUAAGAGACCAGUUGACAAGUGAAACAACUGCUCGAAUAGAAGCUCAAUCUCGAACACAUCAGCUGUUGAAUGCAAAUCGUGAAUUGCUAGAACAAAUGCAAGCGCUUGUCUUAAGGCUUCAAUCACUCGAAACAAGACUUGGCGAGGAAAUUCAAGAACAAAUCACUCACCCGUCAACAUCAAAGGGACAACCGGAAUGCGCAACGUCACCAACUAAGGCUACAGAAUCAAGGCCAGCAUCACAGCUGACUACUUCAUUGCACGAACAGUUUAAGAGCGAAGCGAAAGUUCCCGGACCACCGCCAGUUGACCCUUCAAAACCAUAUCAGUUGCAAUCGUUAGCAGAUAUACGCGCAGGCUCGUUACCACCUCAGGGAAUUCAGUCAAAGACUAAUUUCUUAACAAAAAAUAUGCGUAUGGCAGACGAUUUUGAAGCCCGAACUGAACCAGAAAGCGGAGCCGAGGACACGACAGAUUAUAGUUCUUCGGAUCAAUAUGAGAAAGUACCAUUCCCAACAAUUCAACAACAACGAUUGGUACCUUUGCACGAACCGCAUUUAGAUGUAUUAAUGUCCAACCCACAGGUAAUGCCAAAUUUGUCGUCAUUUUUCUCUACUCAGUCAUCAUCCUCCGACAGCUACGUUCCCAAUUAUCUGGCUUAUCCAACACGAAGUCAGAAUCCCGAAAUAAGCAAGGAUGAUGAGGAACAACAAAAUUCUACAUCGCUUUCUCGGCGUAUGAAAGAACGAUCGAAAGGAGUGAGAGAUGGAAUGCUCUUCAAAAGAAUGUCAUUCAAUCCAAAAAUUUGGGAAACAAAACGGAAAGAUGUGGAAGCAAUUGAUAAUACACUUACGGAAAGUAUAGAUGAAAGCCAAAACAUGUCAAGAAAGUCUUAUGAAAAACAAAGGCUAAUGUCGAAAGAUGAAAGUGUCGAUAAUAAAAGGAAAAAAUUUAAUCAACUUCGAACAGCAGCUUCAGUGGAACCAGGGACAUCAAUUGUGGAGGAACGGUAUAAGGAACCAUCGAAUAUGGGAGAAGUGGAAGUGCGGAAUAAAAUAAAUUCGUUAAGGCGAAAAUCCUUGUCUUCUAGAGGGCAAUUGGAACCUGCUUCAUCACAUAUAGCAACAGCUAUGUAUCCACCAAGAUUGAUGGGAAAACUGAUUGCAAAGAAAACAGAGUUACAUAAUAGAGUCUCACUGGACAUCGAGGAAGAGGCACCCACCGCUGAGCAACAACAAUCCACUACACUCAUCGGUAAUGGACCUAUCUCAUCGCUACUAUCCCGUCGAAAACUGGCAAACCAUAUUGGAGUUUUGGAUGAAAAAGAAAAGGUACGAAAAACUAGUAAUAGUGGACCGAGUCAGAUACUGAUAUUGCAGGAAGCACUGAAACAUGGUUUGGCUAGCACUAGAAAACAAUUAAUUCAGACUAAUGAAACAUUGGAUGGAAUGCGAAGUUCAUUACGAUACACGGAAUCAGAAAAGAAAAAAUUAGGUGAUCCGAUGGUAUUGGCGAAGCUCACCAAACUACCGACCUUUAUGUCUGCAGCACCUGAUUCCUCGGAAGAGGCAUACGAAUCACCCAUAACAUCACGAAAAUCAACAGAUGAUUCGGGCACUGUCGCAGGACAGAAUGUUGAAGUUCCAAAAAGUGAUACGGGAGUCCUUUAG